CCCUCUCGUCACUAUCCCAUCAUCCUUCCUCGUUCCCUCCGCUCGAACACAUCCAUCGCCCCGUUGCCGUCGGAGCUUCCAAAGCAGGCAAACCGCACACCAAACCUCGCCAAACCCCGACGGCACAUCCUCCUAUAAACGCCACCCUCCCCCUCCCCCCUCUAGCUCUCUGGCUCCCCGCCCCACCCUCCCUUUCCUCCGAUCUCUCAUGGCUUCCGCCACCGCCGCCGCCGCCGCCCUCGCCUCCCCGGCGGCCCUCUCCGCGUCGCAGGCAGCCCUCUUGCGCCGGGGCCUCGUCAGCUUUGCCCCUGCGCUCUGGUCCGGCGGCCCCAGCUCCCGCGCCGUCGCGCUCUCCGGUGUAAGAACUCAUGUUGCAGCUGUUGAGCAAGCAGUUGUACAGGAUGCUACAAAGUUGGAGGCUCCUGUCGUUAUUGUUACUGGUGCUUCCAGGGGGAUUGGAAAAGCCACUGCAUUGGCUCUUGGAAAAGCAGGCUGCAAGGUCUUGGUGAAUUAUGCCCGAUCUUCAAAGGAGGCUGAAGAAGUCUCCAAGGAGAUUGAAGCAUCUGGAGGCCAGGCCAUUACCUUUGGAGGGGAUGUUUCCAAAGAAGCUGAUGUCGAAUCUAUGAUAAAAGCAGCUGUUGAUACAUGGGGAACAAUUGAUGUACUAGUAAACAAUGCAGGAAUCACACGGGACACAUUAUUGAUGAGAAUGAAGAAAUCACAGUGGCAAGACGUAAUUGAUCUGAAUCUUACAGGGGUUUUCCUUUGCACGCAGGCUGCAACAAAAGUAAUGAUGAAGAAGAAAAAGGGACGAAUUAUCAACAUAGCAUCAGUUGUUGGUCUAACUGGUAAUGCUGGGCAAGCUAAUUACGCUGCUGCCAAAGCUGGGGUUAUUGGGUUUACAAAAACAGUUGCUAGGGAAUACGCAAGCAGAAAUAUUAAUGCAAAUGUUAUUGCUCCUGGAUUUAUUGCAUCAGAUAUGACUGCCGAACUUGGGGAAGAGCUCACGAAGAAAAUUCUGUCAACUAUCCCCUUAGGGAGAUACGGCCGGCCAGAAGAGGUUGCUGGCCUGGUGGAAUUCUUAGCCCUCAGCCCUGCUGCAAGCUACAUCACUGGACAGGUCCUUACCAUCGAUGGAGGGAUGGUGAUGUAAGGCUCGAGUAAACUCCUCAGGCUUCAUAUUGCCUCCUUGUCUUAUUUUCUAUAUUGCGUCCUUGUCCUAUUUUCUUACUAAAACUAUGUGCUGUAACCUUUUUGAGGGACAAUUUGUUUAUUGUGCUGUGGUACCUGCUUUCUUAGUUUCUAGUGAGUGGGAACGAUAUGGAGGUGGAAAUUGAGAAACUGACUGGCGUAUAUUUUGACGGUCGUAUAUUUAACUUAGUUGUUUGUAUAUUUUGGUGGUCGUAUAUUUAACUUAGUUGUUUGAGCA